AUGAAUAUACUGAAUGUAUCAAUGAAAGCUACAGUCGGCCUUGCUGUUACUUGGAUGUUAGUAGCAAUAACCUGCAGUGCAAUGAUUAACCCCAAUCUCCCUGCCUGCUCACUGAAUGGGGGAUAUGAGGAAAGCUACCUGCAGGAAGGGGACAUCAUGCUUGGUAUUCUUGUUGAUAUAUUUGGUUUAUUGAAAAAUGCCCAGGAAACCUUUGAAGAGCGCCCUAAGAACACUUUUUUGAGCUUAUCUAGUUCCUCCCUCCGGUAUUAUCGUCACUUUCUGGCUGCCAUUUUUGCCAUUGAGGAAAUCAACCAGGACCAGAACCUUCUGCCUAAUGUGACCUUGGGAUUCCAUAUCCAUGAUUCCUGGGCCAGUGAGAGAAAAGCCAUUAGCAGUACAUUUAGUAUGCUGACAGGGAGCAGUGAUUAUGUGCCUAACUACAAGUGCACCCAGAACAGGAUUCCCAGUGCAUUCAUAGGGCACCUACUGUCUUCUGUAUCUAAUGUCAUGUAUCAGAUCACUAGCAUCUAUGGCUUUCCACAAGUGAGUUAUGGGGCUAUAGAUGCCUCAUUUGAUGACAGAAUCCGCUUCCCAUUAUUCUAUCGAACAGUGCCAAGUGAAACUGCCCAGUACCAAGUAAUCAUCCAACUUUGUAAGACAUUUAAAUGGAACUGGGUAGGGAUGAUAUCCUCUGAUGAUGAGACGCACCAGAAAGCCAGUGAAGAAAUGGAGAAUGAGAUUAAAAAGAAUGGAAUAUGUGUAGAUUUUCUUCUCCGAAUUGGUGCAAAGGACCUUAGAAAUUAUCAUCGUGCUUUGGAAAAAAUAAAACAUUCGAAUGCCAGUGCUAUCAUAGUUAAUAGUAGGUUGGACAUUCUUAUGGAAUUUAUGUUCCAUGUGACUUUUACAAAAUCAUCAGUUCAUGUGGUGUGGAUAAUGCUGUCUCCUUUGCCAUCAUCGGGAAGACUAUAUAUUGAUGCGAUUAAUGGAUCCCUUGUUUUACUUUUUCAUCAUGAAAACAUUCCAGGUCUAAAAGACUUUCUUUACAAGGCUGAUCCUUUAGGGUUUCCAAAAGAUCCAUUUACUGCUGCAGUUUGGUUACGGCUGUUUGAUUGCUACUUUGAACAAGCUUCUCUUAAGCCAUCAUCCAACUUCUACCAUAUAUGUAAUGCCAAUUAUACACUAAAGGAAUCUGAGAAUUUUGGGUACGAUGUGAAUAACUUCAGAGUAACUUAUAGUAUGUACAUUGCUGUAUAUGCUGUGGCACAUUCCCUUCAUGCUAUGUAUACUGGUAAAGCCAAUGGCACAAAUAGUUUUUAUUCUGAUAAAGUAACAGAUGGCUUGACACCAACAAAGUUAAACCAGCACCUCAAGAAAAUCCAUUUCAGAACAAACACUGGGAAUGAAAUUUUCUUUAAUGAGAAAGGAGAAGUUCUGGGGAAUUUUGAUAUAAUGAACUACAAUGUCCUCCAUGAUUUAUCAGUGACUACAAGACAUGUUGGGACCUUCAUUUCAUCUCUGUCUCCAGGACUCACCAUUGACAAAGAGGCCAUCCUAUGGGCUCCUCACUUUAAUGGGCAUAUACAACUGUGUCUGCUGUGAAUAUCUACCUCGCCCAGAGAGAUCCCUACCUCAAAUUGCAGUGCCAGCUGCCAGCCAGGCUAUAGGAAAGCUUUUGCGGAAGGAAAACAAAUUUGCUGUUAUGAGUGUGUCCAGUGCUCAGAAGGAGAAAUAUCCCCAUCACCGGAUAUGGAAAAUUGUAUAAGAUGUCCUGAAGACCAAUGGUCCAAUGAGAGUAGAGAUAAAUGCAUCAUGAGACUCGUUGAGUUCCUUUCUUACAAGGAGCCUCUUGGUGUGGCCCUAACCACCACUGCUCUAGUUCUGUCUUUUUGCUCAGCUGCAGUUUUUUGCAUCUUCUUAAAACACAAGAAGAGCCCCAUUGUGAAAGCCAAUAACCAGGAGCUCAGUUACAUUCUUCUUCUUUCCCUCAUGCUAUCCUUUCUUUGUUCCUUACUAUUUAUUGGAAGGCCUACAAAGGUCACCUGUUUGUUGAGACAAGCUGUGUUUGGGAUCAUCUUUGCUAUUUGUAUUUCUUCCAUUUUGGGGAAAACCAUUACUGUUAUUAUUGCCUUCACUGCCACUAGACCUGGAAGCCGGCUCAGGAACUAUGUUGGUACCCGGGUCCCUAAAUACAUUCUUCUACUAUGUACACUUCCUGAGGUUUUCAUCUGUGCACUUUGGCUCAUAAUCUCUCCCCCAUUCCCUGACUAUGACACUCACUCUGCAACAGGAAAGAUCAUUUUGCAGUGCAAUGAGGGAUCACCUAGUGCAUUCUACAUAAUGGUUGGUUACAUUGCCUUGUUGGCUUUUGUGAGUUUCUUUGUUGCUUAUCUUGCCCGUAAAUUACCAGACAUAUUUAAUGAAGCACAAUACAUAACCUUCAGCAUGUUGCUGUUCUGCAGUGUAUGGAUCUCCUUCAUCCUGGCCUAUGUGAGCACCACAGGCAAAUAUUUAGCAGCGGUGGAGAUAUUUGCCAUCCUUGUUUCCAGUGCAGGACUUCUUGGCCUUAUAUUUAUCCCUAAGUGCUAUUUUAUUAUUUUAAAACCAUCAGUGAGCCUUAGAGCUCAUUUAAUAUAG